UCAGAAGAGCAGAAAAGGGAGAACUUUAGAGGAGGGAACGAGAAAAUGCGGUAACUGAGAGAAGAACAUGCUGCUUGAGGAAGAAAAGCUAUAAGCUGACAAUCACAUAUUUCAAGCGUUAACACAAGCAACAUGUCACGGCCACCAGGAAGAAAGCAGGACAGCCAGAAAAUAAGCAGAGAACUUUUUGUGCUCACGUAUGGGGCUUUGGUAGCCCAGCUAUGUAAGGAUUAUGAAAAAGAUGAAGAUGUCAACACCUGUUUAGAUAGAAUGGGAUACGCCAUUGGCAUAAGGCUGAUUGAUGAUUUUUUAGCUCGUUCAGCUGUGAAACGUUGUCGCAGUUAUUCUGAAACCGCAGACAUGAUCGCACAGGUUGCUUUCAAGAUGUACCUUGGGGUCACCCCCAGCGUGAGCUGCAGUAGCGCUGCAGGUAAUGAAUUCUCCUUAAUCCUUGACAAAAACCCAUUGGUGGACUUUGUGGAGGAGCUGCCAGCGGAGCGAGCAUCACUUUGCUAUUGCAACCUUCUCUGUGGGGUGAUUCGAGGUGCCUUGGAAAUGGUUCACUUAGCAGCAGAAGUGACCUUCCUGCAGGACAGGCUGAAGGGUGAUGCCGUGACAGAAAUAGGAAUUACAUUUUUAAGGAAGGCUGAAGACAGAAAGCACAGAAGAAAUAAAUGAAAGGAAUAUUGGGAGAAACCUUUGCUAAGUGAUGUUUUGCACCUUUUGUUUCUGAAGACAAUGUAUAGGGUAGAAAUGUUUCCUUGAGUCAGCUGCACCACUCAGAUGUUGGAAGGGUGAAGAGAGCUGGGAAGCAAACACAAGGGCAGAGCAGGGGGAGAGCAAUCUUACUUAUCAUGACACAGGUAUUGAUGCUAAAGAUCAAAGCGGCCUUGCCCUUUCUUCUCACAUAACCAUGCUCUUGAGCUCACUGGAAGUUUUACCUCAUUAUUUAGUGCAUGCCUGAUACAAAAUAUUCAAUUGGACAGCCUGCUGUUUUCAGCUAAACAUGACCAUCUAUUUCCAUCUUGUUUGUUGGUGAUUAAAAGCAUGGCUGGUAAGAGAUGCUUUAUUUCCCUGUCUGAUUGGGGUUCAGAAUAAUAAAUCCUUUUGCUGUGACUACCAUAUGCGGUUUCUCACUGUGAAAUGUAUGCUUAGGUAUGUGAUGAUUUGCCACUCACGGUUCUUUACACGAGGAAUCCUUCCGCCUCUGAUACCCAACAGACAUGCAAUUUGUCUGGUGUGGGAUGUGGUGUGUUAGGGCUGUUUCCUCUGGGCUGGGGUGCCUUGUGUGUUCAUCAGGCAAUCAUGGCAGUGCUGGUGUUGCUCCAAACUUUAGCUUUUGUGCCAUUCCCACACUGGCCAGCUCUACAGGAGCACUGAUCCUCUGACCACGCUGAAAAAAAGCAUAGCAUAUUUAAUAUAUAACCACUGUGGAUCUGUACUUCAGC